AUGGCUCGUUGCUGCUGGGAUGCAGGCCGGGACAUGAUCAACCCCGGUUGGGUCACCUGGGUGAAGAGGUCUGAUGUUAAAAGACCCGUAACCCCCAGCGAUCCCAGGAACAUCACUGAUCUCUGGAUUUUCUCUCUCAGGAAGUCGGGAAGCAAACGGCAGCAGUAUGCUAGAUUCUCUACGUUUCUGCACCCAAGAAAACUCGACAGGUGGAGUCUCAGUGCGCUGCGUGUGGAGGCGUCUGUGUCCACGUCUGCAGCAUCACCUUGCGGCCUCUCACCUUUGCGAGUCAAGCAGAAACCCCGCCGACGCCGCCUCAGCAGCAGCAGCAGCAGCAGCGGUGCGAAGGUCAUCACCAGGCAGACGCCCACCACAGGAAGCAGGACGCGCAGGAGGCUCUCGUCGCUGUGCCGCCGCUCAGGAGCUGAAACUGCAGCAGAGGGAAACCACAGUUUGGCCUCGAAACAAACAGCCAGCAGCCCAAGUGAGUUCCAGGUGAUCGGCUCCACUCGGCCAAUAGCGGCGAUGGUGGGCGAUGACGUCACCCUGCCCUGCCACCUGGAGCCUGGGCUGGACGUGCGGCGCCUAACGGUGGAGUGGACCAGAGCCGACCUGCCGCCUGACCCCCGAGACAAACUCAACCGCAGGAAAUACGUCCACCUCUACCGCCACGGACAGGAGGACGCGCUCAUGAAGAACGUGCGGUACUCGGGCAGGACGCUGCUGUCCAGGCGGGGCCUGGUCCGCGGCGACAUGGCGCUCAAACUGACCAACGUGACGCUGCAGGACGCGGGGAAAUACCAAUGCUUCAUCCCCAAACUGAAGAACCGCGUGAAGGAGGCGCUCGUGCAGCUUGUUGUUGUUGAGCCAUUGCCACCAACUCCUGCUGAGAAAAUCACCACAGUGAAUCCGGAUGAGAAGGAAAAGCCGGACGGUAAAGGUGAGGUGUCGAGGCCGACUGCCUGGAUUGUGGCCGUCAUCGUCACAGUGGUGCUGAGCCUCACCGGCCUUUCCUUAUGUGUUGUCUGCUGUCAACGCACAAGGAAACAAGAAAAACAACCAGAUUAUGAAAGUGUAACUCAGCCGAUCAUUAAAGUCCAGUUCAAACCAGCAGCGCCUCACCCUCAAGUGAGUCGCUGCACCGACAUGAAGGAGCUUUCGUGGUGCCACAAACAUGCUGAUGGACUGAAUGACGCUGUGGUUUCUUGACGCCAAGCAGCGUCUUCUGGAAUAAACACACCUCCUGGACUGUGAGGAUGCAAAUCUCCUGUGACCUCGAAAAAAAAAAAUGGAUUUCAGUUUUUCCUCUUCCUAACCAUGCAUGCAGCUCCACAUUGGACAUUCAUCUUGAUUUAUGUGUUUUCUACGACCUGGAGACGGAGUUACCUUCACAUGUAGAAGAAGUGGAUCAGUGUCAUGGUGUAACUGAUGUGAAGCAGGUGUGUUUGAUUUGGUAUCAGGCCGGUCCUGAGUACAGACAUCACAGAUCGUUCUCAUCCAUUCCUCCUUUUUAAGUUUUCAGGAUCAAACAGGGCUCAGCAUCAACAGGAACCCUCUGAGUUUUUUAUUUGAUUUCAUGUGAUGCCUGAGGGUUUUUUUUCCCAAUUCUGCAAUCAAAGGUGCAGUAUGUAAAGUUGUGUUGAAGUGAGAACACUAGACUCAGCGGACAAAAAAAGACAAACGGAAUAAGCAGGAAAAGUUGGGUCUGUGUGCGUCUCAUUGUCGGCUUGAGUUGUUGAUAAAUUAAAGGCUAAUAAGUGUAUUUUUUGGUCAGUGGAGUCAAAGCGGCCCUAAGUUCUUCCCCUUAAAGUUACUUACAUGAGAAGGUUCCACUUAAACGAGAGUAUCAUCUGCAUAUAAAAUGACACGAUUUGACACGUAUUUAGGGUUCAGACGUGUCUUUGUGUAGAUUUCCUGCAUCUGCACAAGAGUCUGAACUUGGCAUCAAGUAAGAGUGAGGUUCUAUGCUGGGAUUGGUGGAUCACUGGAGGAUAUUUGCAUGCAGGAAGUCAAGGAAAUGUACAUAAACGCAGAAGUUUGAAUGCUUCAGUGUAAGUGAUUUCAAUUUACGCUCACUUAAAAAUGCACUUAAGAACAUCUUGUUUGAACCAUUUCUCCGUCUUUGUAUGAAAUGUCUGCAACCAAAUUGCCCUUAGGAAAUGAAGAAAUACUGAUUCUGAUUUUGCCAGAUCUGAAGGAUGUUAAAGUUGUCUGGCAAAACCACGAUAAGCUCAGGCUCAAGUGCCGCACCUUUUUAAAUUGUUUAGUGUACACAGCACACUCUGGAAAUGUGUUUUACACCUCAGAGAGUUGGAUGAUGCUCUAAUCCAGAAUGAUUUAUAAUGAAAAUUAUAGAAGACGUGUUAAUCCAUGGAUCACCAUCACAGGCAGGGAAGUAGACGUCUCAGUUUAUAAUCGUAAAUGUGAGAUAUGUGAGGAGGUAUUAUGCAGUUGAAAGUAUUAGCAGUUUUUGGUGGUAGCUUGCCUUGCCUUGCCUGCUUUGUUCUAACAUGUUGUGAUGUGUUUUUGACUUGAGAGGUUGCUUAGACGUUUUAUAAAAAUAUUUAUAAAAAGACCUUUAUGUUAUUUGUUAAUUUAUAUUUUAGAUUUUUAGAUGUUUAGUCAUUUUUCUAAUCUGUUUUGAUGUCUCCGGGUCUCUUUUUAUUCUGUUGCUCUGAGGCUCUCACUGACUGUAACUGUAAUGAUAAGAUUACACAAAUAGUUCAUAAAAAAUACAACCCAUAGAUUUAAAAAAAAAAAAAAAAACGUAAAUGGGUGUAAAAGCACUAUUGAAAUGUGAAUGCUUGAAUAUUUCGUUCAUUGGAAU